AUGGCGGGCGAUGGAGACGGAAUGACAGAAUCACGUUCCGCCGUGCUGAAAGGCGCCAAGCGAGCGAGACGGCGACAAAUUGCGCAGAGAAGCACCAACUGCUCCGAGAGCUCGCUGGGGAAGGGGGAUCAGAUGGUCUGGGGGAGGCGAGGAGAGGAAGGAGGGGUGAUGAGUGUGAGGAAGACAGAAAGCAGGAUCAGGAGGGCAGGAGAUGACAAGAAUGAGCUCGGUAUGGAUGAGGCCAAGGCGCGUUUUGGAAGUGGAGAGUGGAUUGGGGGGGUCAGUCGGAGGACGGCGGGAGAUCACCGUGCCGAGUGUCAGUCACGUCGACGAGGGGAGAAAAGGCAGCUGCAGGCUCGCCUUAUUGCUGCCAGCCGCCGACGCAGGGCUGCAUUGCAUUUAAAAAAGAAAGACCAAUUCCUUGUUCUUGGUCAGCUCACCCACGAGGUCCAGGUAGAGCGCUAUACUCGGCUUAUCCUCGUACAGCCCCCGCUCUCGUCUGCGGUUCUCCAUAUCGUCCAGACCCUCUUCGUGUGCCCAGCAAUAGACCACUACAACACUACAACAAAGUUGGACCUCACAACAGACAAAGAACAACCGAGGGAUGCAUUCAAGGGUGUCGGCGCUCAGAAGGUGCGCGUGGAGGUGGAGUUGGAAGCGUACCCCAAUGAGUCGGUGGACCUGCGCUGUCAGUUCAUUGAUGGAGGAGGCAAAACCAAACUCACCCAGGUGUCAUGGAUCUGGGAGCCUACUGAGGGCCAGAGAGACAACAUCGCUGUGUACCAUCCCUUCUACGGCCAAAGUUUCCCCAACUUAUCCUUCAAGGACCGCGUGAUCUUCCUGCAUAACAAUUUGGAGAACCCAUCCAUCCGGAUCUCAAACCUUCGCAUGUCUGACGCCGGCCGCUUCACCUGCGAGUACGCCACGUACCCUUCUGGCAACGAACAAGGCACUACCACGCUCAUCAUGCUGGCCAAACCCAAAAACUCUGCCAACGUCGUGACAGUGCAGGCGGGCACCAAGGCGGCAGUGGUUGCGCAGUGCCAGGCGGCCGACGCCAAGCCGGCGGCAACCAUCAAGUGGCUAUCGUCAGUGGGCGGCAACCACACCACCAGCAGCACCAACGGGCCCGACGGGACGGUCACGGUGCGCAGCGAGUACCGGCUAGUGCCCACGCCUGCAGACGAUGGCCGGGAGGUCACGUGUAUGGUGGACCAACGCACGCAGGACAAAACCUGGACGCACCAUUUAAGGCUGUCUGUAGAGUACCCUCCCUCCGUCUCCAUCGAGGGCUACGACCACAACUGGUACAUGGGCCGUUCGGAUGCCACGCUGGUCUGCACGGCCGAGGGCAACCCGCAGCCCACUACUGUCACCUGGACCGCGGCCUCGGGCCCGCUGCCAGACUCGGUGCUGGUGGACGGCAACAAGCUGACGGUGAGCAAGGUGGACGACGCCGUCAACACCACCUUCAUCUGCGAGGUCAAGAACAAGCACGGCGCCGCCAAGGAUCAGAUCACCACCCUCGUCAUCGAAAAGGAGCGUCAGACAGCGCCUGGCCCAUCCGCAGGAGCAGUGAUCGGCGGUUUACUUGGGGCCCUCGUCGUCAUCGGCAUCGUCGUGGGUCUCGUCUUUUUCAUCCGUCGACGCCAGCGGGACGCCGAUGGCCCCCCGAAGCACAAGCCCCCUCCUCCUGUGAAGAGUAGCGGAUCCACAGAACUGCUCAACAAACCAUCUGGAAUGCCCACCAGCACAGAGAUGGCGCCACUCAGCCCAGCAGGGGAUGUCUACUAUGAGCCCACGGGAAGCGAGCCUGUCAGGAACUCGGGAGGUGAGUCACGCGGCGCCCCAAACGGUGGUGGGCCUCCGCCGCCGGAUGACCUGGACCUGGUCUCGACCAAUCACGAGACUCCGCCGACCGCCAACAUCGCUCGUGGCGAGAGCUUUGUGUCACCAGCCAUGUACGUGUAA